AUGUCAUUAUUUUGUAUCGUUCUAGUUGAUCCUCUAACGAGUCCUUUCGCGGUAGACAUCGCCGAAAAAAAUAUCAUUGGUAAUAUUGAAAUUUCUAUCGACGUUCUCACAGUUUGGCAUCUCAAGAUGCUCAUCUGGAAUCGGAAGCAACGUGCCCUUACUGAUAUUGACCCAGACCAACUAACGCUAUGGAAGGUCGAAGGUCUUAACGAAGGAAACAGGAAGUGGAAAAUACUCGAAAAGCCUCACGCCGAAAUUGAUAUCAAGCAAGAAUUUGGAGGCGAGAAGUUGUUUUCAACUAUGAGGUUUAAAGAAGCUUUUCCAGGCAAACUUCCAGAUAAUGUCGUCCAUGUUAUCGUGCAAUUGCCCAGAAAAAGAAACCGAGAUGAUUCAGACGAGAAAGAUGGAGGCCAAGAAAGUAAAAAAGUAAAACUAGUAGAAAUUGCUAGUAAAAUUAUGGAGGGCAUAAUGAAACUUCCCGAUCUUUGUGAUGUUUAUUCAGAUCCGAAAAAUUUCCUUACAUUACCAUUCCCAUACCCUGGAUCAAAUAAACCAGUAGAUAGGUUUGCUAUUGACG